AUGGUGAUGCCUAUUCAAACGCGCAUACCUACUAUGGCACUCACCAAGCCUACUCUGGCUGGUGCUGUCGCCAGCACCGAACCCGCCAUGCCAAACUUCUCGUGGAGUGGCAGCGAGUGUUCCCUGCGAUCUCUCUCGACUCUGUCAAACCCAUCUGCUCCUCCCCCUACACCAACAGACUCACUUUACGACAUCAACCCCCGCAAAUCAUCGUUCUCAAGCGAAUAUGGAAUGGGCGCAGCGUGUGCCUUCCCAUCAUGGCCGACGCGUCUAUCACUAUCGAGCACCGACCCAAGCGAGAGCUUCGUUAACAACGCCUUUCUCUCCGACGAAGACCUACUAUGGAUGCCAGAGAACUCGGCAUGCGACACCCUGCUCGAGGAACCCGAGCCCGAAUUCCCCACAUCAAUGAACGUUGAGCAACAAGUACAACGUGCCCGAGCAGUUGCCGCUGCCGAAGAGCAGGAUCGCGCUCGGUUCAUGGCUAAGGUCAAUGCGCAUGCCAUAGCUUAUCAAGCUUUGCGACAUGGCAAGAGCCCGAAGAAUACUGUCAGUGUGAGUGUGAAUGAGCGCGAACGCAUCGUCCCUACAGCCAAGCGCAACAAGAAGCGCCCGGUCCUCGGUGCCAAACGACGCGCCCAGUCUUCCUCUAAGGUGCCCACCGUCUAG